AAUCGGAGUAGAUGGCCAGAGUGCAUUUACAUCUUUAAACUGGUUUUGAAUUUCUCCCUGACCAAGAUGGCUGCCAUUUUUGUCCCAUUACGGAACUUUGAGAGUUUAUGACAUAGCCACUCGAUCGUAUGGUGAAGUCAGACCUCUAGCAGGAUAGAGUUCAUUCCCAAUAACACUUUCUCUGGAAUUUAAUAUUAUAUCGGCCAGGUUCGAGAGAGAGGUGAUCGAAUUUGACUGACUUCUGGAUCGGGGCGCUGGUCACAGGAGGUUCAGGAUGAAUAAGCUACGGCAGAGUUUCAGGCGGAAGAAAGAGGUGUACGUUCCAGAGUCCAGCCGCCCACACCAGUGGCAGACAGACGAGGAGGCGGUCCGCAGCGGCAAGUGCAGCUUUGCAGUCAAGUACCUGGGUCAUGUAGAGGUGGAGGAGUCCAGAGGAAUGCACAUCUGUGAGGAGGCUGUGAAGCGUCUCAAGACGGACAGGAAAUUCUUCAAGGGCUUCUUUACAAAAGCAGGAAAGAAGGCUGUGAGAGCUGUGUUGUGGGUCUCAGCAGACGGUCUCCGUGUGGUAGACGACAAAACCAAGGACCUGAUCCUGGACCAGACAAUAGAGAAAGUAUCGUUCUGCGCUCCGGACAGGAACUUUGAGAGAGCCUUCUCCUACAUCUGUAGAGAUGGAACUACUAGACGUUGGAUCUGCCACUGCUUCAUGGCUAUCAAGGACUCGGGUGAGCGUCUGAGCCACGCGGUGGGCUGUGCCUUCGCUGCCUGUCUGGAGAGGAAACAGAAGAGAGAGAAGGAGUGUGGCGUCACAGCAACCUUCGACUCCAACAGAACCACCUUCACCAGGGAGGGCUCGUUCCGAGUUACCACGGCGACAGAAGCCGCAGAGCGAGAGGAGGCCAUGCGGCAGUUACAGGACAGGAAAGCGGAGGGCGAUGUCAAGUCCUCCAUCCCGCUCUCCUCAGGCCCCAGUGGGGGUGUGGUGAACCAGGCGGUUGCCCCUCUACCAGGGCCCCCGUCCCCCUCCUCUUCCCCCCCCCUGGGCAUGGGAGGCACUCUGGGCCCACAGGUUAUCCCCCGCAGACACGCCCCAGUGGAGGCCCUGGCAAGACAGGGUUCCUUCAGAGGGUUCCCAGCCCUCAACAACAACUCCUCUCCCUUCAAACGGCAGCUGUCCCUCAGGAUAAAUGAGCUGCCCUCUACCCUGCAGAGGAAUUCUGACUUCCCCAUGAAGAACACAGUCCCGGAGGUGGAGGGGGAGGGGGACAGCAUCAGCUCGCUGUGUACCCAGAUCACCUCAGCCUUCAGUGGGCCUCCAGAAGACCCCUUCUCCCAGGCCCCAAUGCCCCGACCAGCCUCCUCCCCACAGUCACCUGUAGCGCCUCCCGGAGCUCAGCCAGCACCGCCCCCUCCACUGCCUGCCCGAGACACUAACCCCUGGGCCAAGACCCCUGGUCACGCAGGGCACCAUAGCCCCCUGGCCUCUUCCUCAGCACGCCCAGGAGGUGAUUGGACAACCCCAGUGAUUGUAGCGCCUCCCUCCGCCACAUCAUCUCCGUCUCACCACUCCCACCGCCGCACGCCGUCGGAGGCUGACCGCUGGCUCGAGGAGGUCACCAAGUCUGUCCGCGCUCCGCAACCCGGGUCCACACCGCCCUCCCAACCUUUCCUCACCCCCAACCCCCCAGCCUUCUCUACGCCCCCAACCCAGGCUUUCAUUGUCCCCAUGCCUUCCACCCAGGCCUUCCCUGCCACGCUACCCCCUAACCAGCCUUUCUCCACACCCCCUUCCCAGGCGUUUUCUGUACCCACGCCCCCAACCCAGGCGUUUGCUGUACCCACCCCCCAACCCAGGCGGUUGCCCCUGUGGCCUUCAUGUCCUCCCUGUCUCCCGUGAUGCCCAUGCUGCCCCCUCGCCAGCUGGCCUACCACGCCCAGACCCCAGCCUCCUACCCCAUGUCCAACGGGCUACCCUAUGCCCAUCCCAGUGUGCCCAUGGUGGGCAUCACACCCUCUCAGAUGGUGGCCAAUGUGUUUGGUUCAGCCACCCAGCCCCAGGCGUACCCCACCCAACGGUAUGACCCUGCUCAGCACGCUGUGUGUAUCCCGUUCAGCAACCCCCACCAGCAGCCCCUUCACUUCCAGGCACCCAAUGGGUGUGUAGCCUUCAACGGGGGUGGGGCCGACAGCUGGGCCCCUCCAUCCCUGCCCCCUCCGUCCUCCCCGGCCCCUCCCCUGCCCCCCCAGCCC